AUGGAACGUUUUUCGAAUUCAACAAAAACUGUACUUCCUCCAUCAGUUGUUCACAGUUCUGACGGCAGAAAUUAUGAUCGUAACGAGUUGGAUGUGGAUGGAUUAUUCGAUACAAUCACAAACGAGGAGACUUGCUCACUAAAUUCCACCUCGAUAUCCAUCAACCAUUCUCGAGAUUCAAUUCUUGACUUUUCUAUUUGCUCUAAUCCAAUUGAUGAAGCUGCGAUCAUGGAAGAACAACUUGCUGCUGCUAGCGGUGAAUUAUUAUUAAAUGGUAAUGACGCCGAGGUACGCAGCUGUGCUAGGCCGACUUUAGCCUUGGAUAACUCUGCCAAGGACACGCGGUCAAGAAUAACUUGUUUGGAUGACAAUUGUGUUGCCUCGACAACCAAAAAUAAUGUUUCUGAGAUGAUGCAAUCAAUACUUACACCUUUACAUCACGUAGUGCCUCCCAUUGCAAGUCUCGAGGAUUUGACCAAUGGCGAGCAAAGUUUUGAUAUCACUAGUUCGAAAAGUCAUGUCGCUUCAUCUACGUGGAAUCAAAUAAAAUCCUUUGGACAAAAAUCAGCUGGAAAAAGCGAUAUAAAUACUGCUGUCAACAACAGCACUGAUAAUAAUGAUAAUACCGAUGAUAACAACUAUAAUAUUGGCAAAAUUACCGGAGGAAAUUGCAAAAAUAAUCAGCGACAAACAUCAACAGCAAUAAAACGCUACAUCUUGCAUACCGGAAUGUCAAAUCCACCAUCAAUGCCACCACCUCCACCACCGCUACCACCACUUCCACCACCAUUACCACCUCCACCAGUGCCAAGGCCUUCAUCUCAGUCUUCAUCUCAAAGGGUAAAUUUCAUGAAUUUUUCAAAAUUCUAA